AAUUCACAAUUUGGAUAGAGUGAGCUUGAAUUUGUAGAUAAUUUGUAUGGACAAUGCAUUUAGUUACUCACAGUAUCAUAUAAAAGCGAUGCAAGGUGGGGACAGUUUGUACAAUAGAAUGGCUACAGCAAACUUGUUUAAAGAGGCUCAAGAUGCUGAGUUAGAAUACAAAGCAAGAAAGGUGACAGACAAAAUCUCUGAGAAUAUGAAUGUGAUAGCUAAUGAGCCAUCUUUAGCCUUCUUUAGAAUCCAAGAACAUGUGAGAAAGUCUCUACCUCAGCUUGUAGAAACAAAGCAUGAAGUACAAGACAUACAACAGAAGGUACAAGGUGCCAGCUUUGACACAGAAUAUGCUACAAAUGCAGUGAAGAAUUUACAGAAAAGUAGUAUACAUUUCCAGAAUAUACAAGAUCUUAUGAAAAAUGCCAUGUUUAUGAAACAGCAGAUAGAUUAUCAACAUGAUAGAAGAGAACAGGAGAAGGUGAGAUCAAGUAUGUACAUGUCCCUUACUGAUGAACAAUUACUGUCUGAUAGUCAAUCACAUGACAAUGAGCCACUAGUAACACCAGUUAAUGAGCCAGUUGAACCAGUAGAUCGUGAACCAUUAGUAGCACCAGGUCCAUUAAGUGUAAAUGCUGGUGCAUCAUGACUAGAGUAUUGAUAGGGUAUUGUGCAAUGACAUUCCAUUUAUUUAUUGUUAAGUAAGCUUUUGUUAUGUAUAUGAAUGUUCAAACUUUAUGAAUAAAGAAACUAUUAUUGUUA